AUGAAUAUGGUAAAGGUGAAUUUUUUUUCCCGGAAAAAUGGAACAUUUACCGGAACAGAAAGAUCGUCGGGAAAACCAGCACCAUCAGUGGAAAACAACGAUGAGUUAGAGCUAUCGGCGGCGAGAUUAGCAGCAGAGACGGUGGAAAAUCAGAAAAAGUGUCAAAUCCGUCGUCAGAGUGGUCGUCGUCAUUAG